AUGGCGGGGGAGGAGGGGGUGUGGGGAAAGGGCCUGGAUGUUGUGUUCAAACCUGAAACUGAGAACCAAAACUUAUACCAUCCCUGCUUCUCUGAUUCCACCCAGGACUCCAUGACUAAUAGCACCCCUGAUUACUACGAUUAUAGCGACUGGACCGAUAACCCCCACAUACUGGUGGAUGACUCUUCCCAAACCCGCAGGCUGCAUGUACCAGAUGUGAUCGCCCUGGUAAUCUUUGCAGUCGUCUUCCUGGUGGGAGUGCCAGGCAACGCCCUGGUGGUCUGUGUGACGGGGUCCGAGGUCAAGCGAACCGUCAAUGCCAUCUGGUUUCUCAACCUGGCGGUGGCUGACCUCCUCUCCUGCCUGGCGCUGCCCGUCUUGUUUUCAUCCAUCGUCCAGCACAACCACUGGCCCUUCGGUGACGCUGCUUGUGGAAUCCUGCCCUCUCUCAUCCUGCUCAACAUGUAUGCCAGCGUCUUGCUCCUGGCCACCAUCAGCGCCGACCGCUUCCUGCUGGUGUUUAAUCCCAUCUGGUGCCAGAACUAUCGAGGGGCCCCCAUGGCCUGGGUGGCCUGCGCUGUGGCCUGGGCUUUGGCUCUACUGCUGACCAUACCUUCCUUUGUGUUUCGUAAAGUCCAUGUGGAACACUUCCCACCCAAGGUGACGUGUGUGGUUGACUAUGGUGAGGACCGUUUAUAUAUAGAGAGGGCCGUGGCCAUUAUCCGGCUGGUCGUGGGCUUCCUGGGGCCACUGGUCACACUUACAGUCUGUUACACCUUCCUUCUGAUCCGGGCUUGGAGCCGCAGUGCCACCCGUUCCACCAAGACUCUCAAGGUGGUGGUGGCAGUGGUGACCAGCUUCUUUGUCUUCUGGCUGCCCUACCAAGUGACAGGGAUGAUGCUGUUUUUUGCCCACAAGACAAACUUCAAAUCCGUGUCCAGUUUGGAUGCCCUGUGUGUCUCCAUAGCUUACAUCAACUGCUGUAUUAACCCCAUCAUCUACAUGGUCGCUGCCCAGGGCUUUCAUGCCCGGUUCCUCAAGUCUCUCCCCUCCAGGCUCCGGGAUGUGUUGGCCGAAGACUCCAUGGGCAGGGAAAGCAAGUCCAACACGUUCUCCACGGUGGACACCCCGGCCCUGAAGACCCAGGAGGUGUAA